UAUAUUUUUCUACCUUGAAGGAUAUCUUCACUAGAUAUUUUGUACAAAAUUCCCAUUUUGUAGCCCUUCAUUUUAUUUGGGUGACCAGAUGGUAUUCUCUGGGCCAGAUGUUGAGUAAAUCAUGUCUUAGUCCUCUGAUAUGUGCAACCCUCUAAUUCACCCUUUGGACCUAGGACUUACUCUUAACACCUCUGAUCCAUAAUAAACUUCAAAAGAAUCGACAGAUUGACAUUCUAACUGUCAAAUCGGGAAAUAAAAUGGUUAUUUUUAUUCAAAAUUUAAAUUCAAAUGUACUAGUGAUAAGAAGAAUAUAUUAAUAUUUUAACCAAAUCAGAGAAACAUGUUUCCAGGAAGCAUAUCAUUGGCACUUUGUACAGUAGUUAUAAGAAGAUGUUUCGAUGCUUUAUCGGGUCGUAUACCCACACCGGCACCUGUAAGUAACGUCGCAAAUAUUACAACAAUGUUUAUGGUUUCUGGAGCCUUAAUUUAUUUAUAUAGCCAGUUAAGAAGAGGCACAUUGGUUAGUAUAGGACAAGGCCAAAGACAUUGCUCGGGAUCCAAAAAUAUAUCAUUGCGUGGAUCAAAGCACAACCGAUCUUGGUUUCUAAAAAAUUUAUGGGGCAAACGCAAAUGUUGUACGGACGCCAUCUUUAAAAUAGCAAAACAUUUCUCGGACUCCGUAACGAACAUCAAUCCAUGUCUUCUUCUUCCGAAAGAAACUUUUCAAGUAAGCUUUCCUAAUGACAAAGAAAGUUUGUCCAGAAAUAACAUGAGAGAGAACUUGUCCAGAACACACGAGCGAGAAAGACUACCGAGGUUGGACUCGUUUAAUGAUAUAUCUGUUGGAAAUAGUGAUUCCUGUGAAGUUAUAUUUAGUAAGGAGGCAGAAUUAAUCCCUAAAAAGCUUACUCGAAGGAGAACCACUAGCAGUUCUAAAGAAAUUGUGUUAAAUGCUGGAGGAGAUAAUUCUGAUGUGAAAAAGAAACAUUUGAGAUCAGUUAUUAAAAGGUUGGAGACAAAUAAGAAACUUGAAGAUGGAAGUGUCAAACAUUCAAAACAAUCUGUUAAAUUUCAGAGUGAACAUUGUAGAACUCGGAGUGGAAGAGUUUAUAAUCCUUUUAAUUGAUUUUUGUAGGCGUAAUAUCAGUAUAUUUCGAUAAAUAAAUGUAUUUUUGUACAUA